UGACGCUCGUCGGGGAGCUUCGGGUCUGUCCGUCCAGUCUCCCUCUUCUUUAGCUUUUAGCGCAUACAGGACGGUGAGAGCUAUCAUAGCUGUAACAUGUUCCGAGCCGUCGUCCGACUGUCCGGCUCAGGGGUCCGGGGUCUGACUCGGUCACGACCCUGCUACUCAGCUCCACUGGCUUCCAGAUGUUACUCUCAUGCCGCGGUGGAGACUGAGGAGGAGUUUGAUUCUCGUUGGGUCACCUACUUCAGCAAACCUGACAUAGAUGCCUGGGAACUAAAGAAAGGCAUGAACACCCUGAUUGGAUAUGAUCUGGUACCUGAACCCAAGAUCCUGGAUUCAGCACUAAGAGCUUGUCGGAGACUGAAUGACAUGGCCAGCGCCAUCCGCAUCCUCGAGGCUGUCAAGGACAAAGCGGGUCCCAACAAAGACAUCUACCCCUAUGUGAUCCAAGAGCUGAAGCCCACCCUCUCAGAACUUGGCAUUUCAACACCAGAAGAACUGGGAAUGGACAAGUUGUAGACUCGCAAGGUGAUUUCAUAUGUAAAGAGAAAAGCUCCCGAUUCUCUCGAGUCAAAAAUGUCUAUAUUGUUGAUUAAAUCCAUGCUGUCCUGUUGUGUACAAAAUGGUCGACCUAAUAAAGAAACCAAUAAUUUAA